CGGGCGCGCGGAGCCGCUCCGGGCGGCGUGCGGCGCGGCCCGGCUCUGGCUCGGGCUCCGGCGGCGGGAAGAUGCUGCAGUCCCUGGCCGGCAGUUCGUGCGUGCGCCUGGUGGAGCGGCACCGCUCGGCCUGGUGCUUCGGUUUCCUGGUGCUCGGAUACCUGCUCUACCUGGUCUUCGGCGCCGUGGUCUUCUCGUCGGUGGAGCUGCCCUACGAGGACCUGCUGCGCCAGGAGCUGCGCAAGCUGAAGCGGCGCUUCCUGGAGGAGCACGAGUGCCUGUCGGAGCCGCAGCUCGAGCAGUUCCUGGGCCGGGUGCUGGAGGCCAGCAACUACGGCGUGUCGGUGCUCAGCAACGCCUCCGGCAACUGGAACUGGGACUUCACCUCCGCGCUCUUCUUCGCCAGCACCGUGCUCUCCACCACCGGUUAUGGCCACACGGUGCCCUUGUCGGACGGGGGAAAGGCCUUCUGCAUCAUCUACUCCGUCAUCGGCAUCCCCUUCACCCUGCUCUUCCUGACGGCCGUGGUCCAGCGCAUCACCGUGCACGUCACACGCAGGCCGGUCCUCUACUUCCACGUGCGCUGGGGCUUCUCCAAGCAGGCGGUGGCCAUCGUGCACGCCGUGCUGCUGGGGCUCGUCACCGUGUCCUGCUUCUUCUUCAUCCCGGCGGCCGUGUUCUCUGUCCUGGAGGAUGACUGGAACUUCCUGGAGUCCUUCUACUUCUGCUUCAUCUCCCUGAGCACCAUCGGCCUGGGGGACUACGUGCCCGGAGAAGGCUACAACCAGAAAUUCCGAGAGCUCUACAAGAUCGGGAUCACGUGCUACCUGCUGCUCGGCCUCAUUGCCAUGUUGGUCGUCCUGGAAACCUUCUGUGAACUCCACGAGCUGAAAAAGUUCAGGAAGAUGUUCUAUGUGAAGAAGGACAAGGACGAGGACCAAGCACACAUCAUGGAGCACGACCAGCUGUCCUUCUCCUCCAUCGCAGACCAGGCAGCCGGCCUGAAAGAGGAUCAGAAGCAGGACGAGCCCUUUGUGACGCCUCCGUCGCCAGUCCACGCCGACGGCCCCGCACACCACUGAGCCGCACACAUGGCUUUGCCCUGGGGCGCUGGGUCAGGCCCGGAGCGAGGGGCUUUGCUGCGGUCAUGUUUAUGACCAUGUGAAAGCCAACAUAUUUUAACAAAUGUCUACUGUUUGUAAUGUUAAAAACAAAACAAAGCAAGUGAAACAAAGGAAGCGUUUACUCUGGAGGACUGUAAUAUCUGGGGAAAUGGGAUAUGUACCUGUAAUUCAUAGGCAACAGAAUUAUCUAGAUGUACUGUUAGGUGAGGACUAUUUGAAGCAGUGCGCUGCCGUGGAUAGAAGCAGAUUUUAUACUUUAAAUUGGGGACUUCAGGGUUUGCCUUGAAAUCAUUUAGCUAAAGGCUAAAUAGCAACAUUUAUAUUUAAAAGCAAAUAAAAGCAUAGAGAUUUGUUUUAUAAGUAAGUUCAUGUGUACUGGUUUGCAUGCAUACAUCCAAAUGAUUAUUUUUGUAGCACCUACGUUAAACCUACUGUUUAUAAUGAAUAGGUCAGCAUUAACUAUGUACAUAUGGAACAUAAACAUGUUUAUAUCCUGUACAUACAGUUAUAGGUCAGAUCUCAGCAAACUUCUUAACCCAAGAUUGUAGAUAUUUUUCCUCUUGAUUUCUUUUUAUACUAAAGAAUCGAGAGUUGCUACAAUAAAUAAAGAGGUAUAAUGCAGUGAGGAGCAAAUGCCUAUAGUAUUCUGCUACAAUGAAUGUUUCUACCCUCUUGCAAUAAAUAGUACAAUGUCAGA